UACCUCCAGAGCUCACUUUUCCAGAGUCAGUGAACAGUAAACAUGCUGAGCUGCUUCUCAACUUCUCAAGGCAAGAGCCACAGGACUUCAGGCAGAGAAAGCAUCUUUGAACGACUUAGAAGAUGGUUCACUCCAUCUAGACGCUUCAGGCCACAUUGCAGGAGCCUCUCAACCAUCAGGGAAAACCCAGGCCAGGUCUCCCCAGGCAUGACUACCACGAACCCAGAGCCACCAAGGAGCCUGGGGCAAGUCUCCCGAAGCUCACCCGCCAGAAUCAGGAAGAUCCCAGAAAGCCCAAGAAACGUCUCCCCAGGGCCUGGCACUAGGCACCCCAAGACACUAAAGAGCCAAGAGCAGGUCUCCUUAGGCCCAGCUUCCAAGCACCAAAAGACUCCAAGGGACCUAGGGAAGAUCUGCAAAGGCCCUGCUACCAGGGGCCCAAAGCAAGCAAGGAUCCCAGUAAAGGUCUCCUCAGCCCUGACCACCAGUCACACAGAAAAAUCGAGGAACACAGGAGAAGCCUCCUUAGGCCCAACUCCUCAGGGCACAAAGACACCAAGGAGACCAAGGCAGGUCUCACCAGGCCCAGCCACCCAGUGCUCAGAGAUACCACCUAGCUCUGGGCAGGUCUCCCCAGAGCCAACAACCAGGAGCCCAGAGACCGCAAGGUUUGACACCAACGGUCCAGGUGACAGUAGCCCAGAGUCACUGAGUAGUGCAGGGGAAGUCUUCCCAUGGGAGGUCUUCCCUGGCCUAGCCAUUUGGUCCCCACAAAGACCUAGGAGCCCAGGGGAGGUCUUCCCAGAGGAGGUUUUUCCAAGCCUGGGCAUGAGAAACACCCCAAGACCUAGGAGCCCAGGGGAAGUCUUUCGAGAGGAGGUCUUCCCAGGCCUGGCCAUGAGGCUCCAACAAACACACAGGAGCCCAAAGGAGGUCAUUCCUGAGGAGGUCUUCCCAGAGUUAGUCUCCAGGCGAUCAAAGACAGAAAAAGGAAAGGUCUUCUCUGGGCUGUCAAUACGGUGCUCAGAGACAGUAAUGAACCCAGACAAGGUCCUCCCCGGCCUGUCCACCAGCCACCGAGAGACACCAGGAAGCCCAACACACGUCCACUCUGGCCUGGACACCACUAUUGGAAAUCACUACGCUGGGAGCCUGGCAGAAGACUCGCUAGUCUGGCUGGGGCAAGCAGUCACGCUGCACUCCCUCACAGAGCCUCUGAUGCCAGCUUUCCCAGAAAGCCAAACCUUCCUUGGUCCCUCCUUCCCGAGCACCACCAGGCCCUGCACCUUCGCCCAACAGGCCAAGAUGAUGGGAAGGGUUGUCUCCUUCCUCCUCAACUCCUGGCUGGAGAUGCACACCCAGGUGGACCUCCCAGCCCACUGUCCUCUGACUCAGCUGUAGCAUCCCCAACCCCACUGAGGAAGAGAGCAAGGGUGAGAGGACCAGGGGCCAGCUGCAGCCCAAGCUCAAGUCCCACCGCAGAGCCGGUGUCAGCUCUACCUGCAGCUCCCUCACCAGCUCUAGCACUGAAAUGAGAACCAGCAACAAGAACCACUUCUCCACCAGCUCCAUACCUGGGGUCCCUUGUUCCACAGCUGAUGUCACUCCUGACCACCACCUGUGGCCAGCUCCUGCUGCACAGCCACCCUUCUGCUCCUUGGCUGUUGCAGUUACUGUUAUAUUUACUCAUACCUUUAAU